AACACUAAUUAAAUUAACCAUGAAGAUUGCAAUUGUUUUCCUCCUCGUGGGCCUCAGCUGUUCCUUUGCUUCUGCUGGUUUGUUACCGUGCACUGGGAAGCUGACCAAAGCUGAAGCAGAAGCAGCGGUUCAGGCUUAUGUUCAUUUUAUUGCCGGUUAUCAAAAAGUAAAGGACAUGGGUGCUGAAAAUUCACCUACAAAUCUUCCCGUAAAGAUAUGCCUUGUAACAGAUCUCUUCGAUCUUGUGAAAACUCUGGCUGCUUUCCUGGAUUGUGAUCCAAACCUAGUCUUUGCAGAAUUGUUGAACUGCUUCACGGAGAUUGACGACCAAACCAAAGCUGUCUUGAAGACAUGUUUCGCAAAUAACAACUAUGCAGGAGCUGCACAACUUGUGAUACCUAUUAAAGUAUUAUCUGAUGCUACUGCCUGCUUAAUGGAUAAGAUAUAUAAAGAACAUGGUUUUGAUCUUAUUGAAAUUCGCAAUACAGCGAUCAGUUCUGCGCUUUAUGCAGUUCGAGGCCUUACUGCUAUCCUUAGAAAGAAUAUUGCCUCAGCACUUGGAACUAAGGUUGGUUCUGAUGGUCUUCUGCAACCUCUUGUUAACACUGUUAAUACGGCUGUAAAUGACGUUAAAGACCUUGGGGUAUAUUUACUAAGGUCCCGAUUUUGA